AUGACCAAGGUUGAGCAGUGCGGCACUGGGUGUUUGAUUCGAUAUUCAGUAAGCGUGCCGCCCUCGGCUUUUAAGCAUCCUUCAGAGUGCGUCGCGGCCGCCCCUCUCCGUGCGCCAACAUGCAUUGUGUCUGACCCAGCGCCAGAUGUCUUUACGAAACACGGAAUAGAUAAACCCAUCCCUGUCGAGCAGCUCGUGAAAUGCCGGAUGCAGGAUAACCUUGAAUUCCUCCAGUGGACCAAGAAGUUCUGGGAUCAGCACUACCCGGGAGGGGAAUACGAUGCCGUUGGCCGCCGGAAGGCCUCCGGUGCUCCUCCUGCCUCCAACGCCGCACCCCCGCGUGUCGCGACCUCUUCGACGGGGGCACGGCGUGGUGGAACGACUCCUACUACUACUGGGGCGGCGGCGCGGCCUCGAGUCGCCGCCGGGGGUGCCAGCAACGCCAACGUGGCCGCGCUGCAGCAGGAGAUUGCAGCACAGAAGGAAGCCAUUGCCGGGUUAGAAAAGGAGCGAGACUUCUACUUUGCCAAGCUGAGGGACAUUGAACUGUUGCUGCAGAGUGCCGUGGAGGCCGAUCCGGAACUGGAAAAGGAUGAGGAUUCGUUGGUGAAGCACAUCCAGAACAUCCUGUACUCGACUGAGGUAAGCCCCAGCCAGGUCGAGCCGGUCAAGCAGAGGCUAAGUCGUCCACAGGAAGGAUUCGAGAUUCCACCGGAAGCUGAAGCCGAAGCCGGCGCUGACGAGUUGGAGACCUUUUAA